AUGACCAAGGCCGUGAUAACGUCUUUUGUUUUCGUUCUCGCGUUUGUCUUGCCUGGGAACGCACAGGUCUCAUGCGAGAAUUAUGGUGUCUCAGCUAACGCCUCCUCGUGCGUUUGUCCUCCAGGAUUCGGCGGCCCGACGUGUUCGUCGCCUGCCUGCGGCGGGGAUAUCUUCCAAGGCGGUCAGCGUUCACUGAUCCAAGGCUCAUCUGCGAUAUCCUUCGGAAACCUCACUUCUUCUGGAUGCUCUUGUGAAUCCGGAUGGACUGGAACAGGAUGCAAUGUUUGCCAGAGCUCGACCAGCUGCCAGAGUGCAUUCACCGCCGCCGGGGGCAACACCUCAUCUACUGGCUCUGGGCUCGGAGAUUCAACGGGACUAAACGAAACACUGACUUGUAACACUUCUCCCAAAGUAUGGGCGGCGGGCGAGAUGAGCUGCAGCGUAAUCAACCCGACUCUUCAAGCAAUAUACCCUCUUUCGUCCACCUUGACCAUCCUCCGUACCCUGAACGAGACUCUCACACCUCAGCCCAACGCCACCUCAUUCGGCGUCUCUGGGACUGUCUACGCCCAGCUUUGGUACGCCGGCGUCGAGCAGUUCUACUGCACUGCAAGUUCGUGUACGCAGGACGCUCCAGGUGACGGGACCUCGUCCUGGCAAUGCCAUGACCUCGCGUGCACGUGUCGCCCGAACACAACAUUUUGUGGCGCGGUCCCGCUCACGAAUCUCACGUCGACGAUCGACGGCCUCAGCGGGGACCUCGACAUAUCAUGUGGGGCGCUCGCGAGCCAGAACAAUACUGCCGCGUGCUCGUUCCAGCAGACUAUCUUGAAUCAACUGUUUGGGUCGCAGGGGCUGUCUCUGAGCGGCUGUGCGUUCGGCGAGUGCGUUCGGCAGGGCGUUAUCGAUACCGACGCGGGAGAGGGUGUGACGCAGGGUGGAGGUGGAGGAAAACAGCUGAGUGGAGGCGUUAUUGCAGGACUGGCUGUCGUAGGUGUGUUGGUGGCUGUCGCAUUGUUGGGGCUGCUGAUCGGGUGGUGGAGUCGGAGGCAGGUAAGGAGGGGCGGGGAGGGAUAUGUGAAGGAGAAGCGACAUGGGGGUGUCGCUGUGGAAUGGAAGGAUGUCAGUUAUAUUGUGCCAGGGACUGCAGGGAAAAGUUGGCUCGCUGGGCUGCGCUAUAGACGGCAUGCGAUAGAUCGCAAUGCAGAGAAAGCUGUGUUAGAUAGGGUGAGCGGGGUUGUCGAGCCAGGACAGAUGAUGGGCAUCCUCGGUCCAAGCGGCGCUGGUAAAACGACGCUUGUAGAGAUUCUAGCAAACAAGAACAAGUCCGGGAUUACGACUGGUCUCGUCCGAUUCCCCCAAGCAGAGUCUGCCUCACUCAAACGUGACCUCCACAUCGGCUUCGUACCACAACAAGAUGUCCUUCCCUCGACCCUCACCGUUUUCGAAUCUCUCCUCUUCGCCGCUCGACUGCGUCUUCCCGACUACGUCUCUGAUGCAGAGAAAACACAGCGGGUAGAGGAUGUAGUGGAGCAGCUCGGGCUGUCACGUAUUAGGAACGUCCGUAUUGGUGGGCGGAGCGCGGGCGGAGGUGAAGGGAGGGGGAUAAGCGGUGGUGAGAUGCGGAGGGUCAGCAUUGGGUUGGAGUUGGUGGCCAGUCCAGACGUGCUGAUAUUAGACGAGCCUACGUCUGGACUGGAUUCGGUGUCUGCGUCCAAAGUGGCCAGUGUCCUCCAUGCAGUCGCGCAAGACUCAGAGAACCCAACUGCUGUCAUUGCUUCGAUCCAUCAGCCGAGUUCUCAGCUUUACCAAACGUUUGACAAGAUUUUGCUUCUCUCUCAUGGACACGCUCUAUAUUGUGGUCCUGGGUCCUUUGCCCCUUCAGAGUACUUCUCCGCACAGGGUAUCGCGUAUCGUGAAGGCUACAACGUCGCGGAUCAUCUACUGGAGAUCGCAAGCAAUCCGCCUGACCAAAUUGUUCAACAGAGUCGGGCAAAUGAGGAGAAGGUAGGACAGGGUAAUGCAUCUGGAGAUGUUGAAAUUGGGAGUGCUCGCCAAGUGGUAGGCGGGCUCAAAGGAUGGAAGGCGGCCUUCAAAGGACAAGAAUACGCAGCAACAUUCUUGACGCAGAUAGAAGUCUUAUCUGGGAGGGAAUGGAAGAAUCUGAGAAGAGACAAGACGUUGUUCUUUGCCCAUGUGGGUGUUUCUUCAGUGCUAGGUGUAUUUUGUGGCGGUCUGUACUAUAAGACAAACGAGACUAUUGCUGGCUUUCAGUCUAGAGUCGGAUGUCUGUUUUUCCUGGGAGCGCUGAUCGCAUUUUCGUCGUUGAGCGCAUUGUACAACGUAGUGGAAAUCCGCCCAUUGUUUCUGAGGGAGAGGUCCAGCUCUUACUACAGUCCAACAGCGUGGUUACUCUCCAGAUUUGUUUUUGAUGUGUUACCACUUCGUAUCAUACCCACGAUUAUUGUAUCAUCUGUCACGUAUUGGAUGGCGGGACUGGCGCCUCAUCCAGCCAAUUUCUUCAAGUUCCUAUUCAUCCUCGUCCUGUAUACACUAGCCAUGACGCUCUUCAACUUCCUUCUUGCCACCCUUUUUCGAAACGGCGGUCUAGCGAUCCUCCUUAGUGCGCUCACUGCACUGUAUCAAAUGACGUACGCCGGCUUCUUUGUGCACCUGAACGAUAUCCCGCCUGUCUUGCGAUGGUUGCAAUGGCUCUGCCCUCUGAAGUACACGCUCGAGGCUCUGUCCGUCAACGAAGUUGGCUCUGGACUAAUGAUCAAAGAUACGCUGCAAGGCGUGCCGGUCGAUGUAUCUGCGAGUCUCAUCAUGAAUUUGCUGUUUGGAUUUGGCAGUAAUAAUUACUAUCGGGAUGUGCUUGUACUAUUCGCCUUCAUCGCAGGCUUCGGAGUGAGCGUUAUUGGAAUUGUUUGGUUCAAGGUGCGAGAGACGAGAUGA